GCUUGCACAGUGAAGAAAAGAAGAUAAAGAACUACUUAUUUAGGAUUGCCAACUGCCAUGUAGACAUAACUGGCAAAAGGUAUGUGGCCGAGACUCACACACCAUGAAGAUAAACAUUUUCAUAGAUGCGUGCACUAUGCUGGAACACAACUGUAAAUUUUCCACCAAUUUUAAAGUUACUUCCAGAAACAAGUGCCCGGAGUUAGAUCGAUUAAUAAUCGAAGUCUUUUAAUACUGCAAGUUUUAUUUAAAUAUUUAUACAAUGGUUCAAAUAUAGAUGCGGAAUCAUCGCUUUCUUUUAUUGUAUUGGCUCUAGCUAUUCCUAGUUUGAAUAAGUGCCUAUUUAGUGUAAUAUGUACCUACAUAUUUUACAAUAUAGAGUGAACUGUGAUAUUGCAUAGAAAAAUUAGAAAUAAAUUCAUUGAUAAAUUCGCUAUGCAUUUUUACAGUUCACUGUACCUAUAGAUUAAUUGCUUCAAUCAUCUCAUUACAUAGAUACGAUACUUAUAGAGUGUAACUAUGUAUAUACAUUCUGAUAGAUUGAUAAUGGGGCAACGCAGUAGGUACUAUUUGGCACAAUAUUUUAUAAACAAUGUUAAUAAAGGGAAAACCUAUUGUUACAAAUUGUACACUAGGCGGAUGUCAUUAAUAUGUAUGAAAAGUAUUUACUUCGUCAACAAUCCAUUGUACAUAGUCUCAAAGAGGAAGUUUAUAUCACGGAUAGACAACAGGGUUUUCGUACAUAAACACUAAGCAACUUACCAAAUAGCUUGAAGCCCUGGACUCAUUUCAACUGGGACCAUUGGCAGAAGCUGUCACGAUGCCAUCAAUCAACAUCAUUACAGUCGUUGUUAUAUUCUGCUACUUGCUGUCACUGGCAGCCAGUCAUGGCCCUCCUAAAGAGCGAGAUCAAGAAGACAUCGCCAUGGGGAAAAAGCACGGCGCCAAGUGGUGCAGCAUGGCCAAGGUGUGCAACCACGACCGCGUGCCGGUGUGCGGCGUGAGCCACGCCGGUGACAUCAUCGGCUUCCGCGACCUCUGCGACAUGUUCGACUUCAACUGCAUCAGGAAGCGGAACUACAAGCAAACUAGCUGCCCAGCUGACAGAAAUUUCCUGACCGCGUCCAGAAAACCCACCAACAUUUAUUACGAUGAAUAGCAGUGUUGAAGCUACUCCUUUAUUCAUUUGAAAUGUUUGUAUUUCGUCAAUGUACUUUUGAAAAAUAUUACUGCAGCAUGUUUUAUUUUUAAUUAAAACUAAUUUAUUUUAUGAUACAAAUUAAA